AAAUGAUUUAAUAAAAAUAAUUUAAUAAUAAUUUUUUUUUUUUUUAUUUUAAUAUUUUUAAAAAUUAUAAAUACUAAUUACUUUUUUUUUUAUUUCAUUAUAAAUCAAAAUAAUUAAACUAAACUAAAAAAUGGACCUCAUAUUUGAUGAUACAAAUGAAGACAAAAGAUCGAUUAAACCAUUAGCCAAAGUUUUGGAAUAUAGCUUCCCAGGAUUUUUAGAUCAAAUUAUUAAGUCCCAAACCAGCUAUUAUGAACUCGCAAGCAAAGAUAAUCGUUAUUCAAAUUUCGAUUUUCCGCUACACAAUAUCAGCAUGGAUGACUCCAAUGAUUGUGGAUAUGAAAUGCCACCAAUUAAAAGUGAUGUCCUUUAUGAGUAUAUUGGCUAUAAUUACACCUCCAGUAAUAGAUAUACCUGUAUAGGCAAUACUAAAAUUUUUCAAUAUAGAUAUGUAAAAUGUGACGCCGAAAUGAAUGCUUCUUAUAACAAUAAUAAUAACUAUAUUUGUAAUAACCAUAUUAAAAACCAUAUUAAUAAUAACUAUUAUUAUAACAAUAACAAUAACAAUAAUAAUAAUAAUAAUAAUAAUAAUAAUAACAAUAAUAAUAAUAACAAUAUUAAUUAUAAUUAUAAUGAUCAUGGUUAUAACUACAUCCCUGUUCAGGGUGCAACACCAGUUUCAACAUCAAUGGUAUCACCAACACCAAUGGUACCACAACCAAUGGUAGCUUCAACACCUUAUGUAGCCCCAGCAUCAAUGUUGACAACAUUAAUUCUUCCAGUGAUUCUCCCAGAUCACCCAAUAAUUUUUUAUAUGUCAUAACCAUUUUUGAUUUAGCUAAAUCAAACAACUAGCCAGGCCAGGUGACUAUUUUGUUGGAUUACGAUAAUGAAUGCUCCCCAGUUAAAAAAUGCUCCUGUAAAGGAUUUUGCUUUUUAACAAUUCCGUCAAUAUGAUUUCAAAGAAGAAAUCAAUGAUGGGAGACAUGACCCCGUUCCCAAAACCAAAACAAAAAAGCAUUCAAAGAGAGAAAUUUAUAAAAAAAUAGGUUUCUCCUCAAGUCCAGCUCAAUUAUCUGUUAAAUGGAGAAAUAGAAAAAUAAUCACAUAUAAUCUUACAUCCUAGCUGAAUUUUUCAGAAUGAAGCAGUUUUAAAAUCAAAAUUAUAAUUUUUUUUUCUUUUAAAAAUAAAAUUAAAUAAAUUAGUAGUUUUUUAAUAUC